UCCUGCGUCUUCAGCAGCAUCAAAACGACUUCUCAGCUCCUACAAUCGGUCUUGACUGCCUGGCGCUGUCCGUUGGCCUAGAUGACCUGCGCGACAUUCUGAAACUCAAGGCACUCAAACGCAGGCUCAAAGUGCUGCAUAUCCGGCAGACCGGCGGAUACGCACUCAUAAACGGGUCACUAGCCCUGGACUUUUCAGGACCGAAAGCCGGGUUUACAGACGGCUUUGAGAUGUCCAACUCGACGGGCAUAGUCAAGAGCGCUGCACCCUGGGCGCUGCAAGACUGCCUAAAAGAUGAAUUUCGCCGCAUCGUUGAGUGGGCUUUUGGGCGGCGCGGAAUGCCGUCCCUGCAGCUGAUUGCGUUUGGUGACUUUGCCCAUGGACGGAGCGGCUACGGCCCGCAUAACAUUUUUAUCGUGAGGUACAAGGAGGAUCUAGGCUGGGGAUUCGUCGGCCGUCCGUAUCGCGUGCAUGGUGCCAGGGAUAAGGGACAUGAACAUGAGUGGGCGCAUAUUGUCAGACCGCAUUGGGCGUUUUUAGAGGCGUGUCCCGUUGCGCCGUUGAUGGGCACUUUGCAGAGUGCGGUUAGGCACUUUUUCUGAUGCCUUGCGGCCUCUAUGGGUUGGGUGUUCUGUCACCGGCGGCGGAAGGGAGGGAGAAGUUCUGAUUGUGUUUACAUCCUGAGUGGUGUAUGAGAUUG